UCUUAUUCGACAUGGCAGCCUACAGUAGAUACAAGAAACGAAGUUGUAUUGAGUUGAACGUUUUUAAUUACAUUAAUCAUUAUUUCGUUUAUUAAAAAUUUACGAAAGUUAAUUAAUAGUUUAAUCGUUAAAAUAUGCUAAUAUAGAUGUAUUUCAUCCGUUUAUCGUGUAAUUUAAACGAUAAGAGUUACGUAUUAGUGAUAAGCCUAAAAAGUAAAAAAGAUUAUUAACUCGUAAUAGCAUUAGUAGUAAUACUUAAAAGGUAAAAUAGUGAGUUAACCCAAGACUGUUAAUGCACAGUAAAAUCAGAUCAUAACGAACCAAAGCAAAGUUACAAACUGCGACCAGGGAUUGUGGUCAAGUGUUAUAUGUGAUCAAGAAUUUACAAAAUGGGAACAUCGUCAGAAGAUGUUUUGUUGAUGGUUAACCAUGUUCGUUAUAAAAAGAGUGAUGGGACUUUGUAUCUAAUGGCUGAACGAAUUGCGUGGAUGCUGGAUGGGAAGGACACAUUCACUGUGAGUCACAUGUAUGCUGACAUUAAAAUGCAGAAGAUAUCACCUGAAGGAAAGCAAAAAAUUCAGCUACAAGUAGUACUACAUAGUGGUGAUGCUACUACCUUCCAUUUUGUGAAUCCCAUGGGUAUUGAAGUACAAAUAAAGGACAGGAAUGAUGUGAAGGAGCUGCUUCAACAGCUACUGCCCAAGUUCAAACGUAAAAUUAACAAAGAAUUGGAAGAGAAGAAUAGAAUGCUACAAGAGGACCCCCAGCUUUUCCAGCUUUAUAGAGAUUUGGUUGUUAGUCAAGUCAUUACUCCUGAGGAGUUCUGGGCCAACCAUGCUGCUCAAAGAAAAGCUACUGUUAAACAGUCUGUAAAGCAGGAUGUUGGAGUUUCAGCAGCUUUUCUUGCCGAUAUUAAACCUCAAACAGAUGGAUGUAAUGGCCUUAAAUACAACAUUACAGCAGAUAUUAUUGAAUCAAUAUUCAGAACAUAUCCAGCCGUUAAGAGAAAACACCUGGAAAAUGUCCCUCACAAACUGUCAGAAAGUGAGUUUUGGACAAGGUUUUUUCAGUCCCACUACUUUCACAGAGACAGACUAAAUACGGGAUCUAAAGACCUGUUUUCAGAAUGUUCCAAAAAUGAUGAACAAGAUAUCAAGCAAGCUUUAAAAGACAGUUUACAAGAUCCGUUUAUAAAUAUUACCUCGUUUGAAGACAAAACACUAAGUGAGGAAUAUGGAGCAUCUUGUUCAGAGUCAAGCAGUAGAACUCAAGGAAUACACGCUGCUAACCAGUCAAUGAUUCGCAGGUUUAACCACCAUUCUAUGAUGGUUCUUCGAGUCUGUGAAAGUGAAAAGUCAGUAGAAACAAACAACACUCGUACAUGUGCCAAUGGGGUGCUUUCUGCUGAAAAAACUUCCAGUUCCCUUCCGAAUGGAGCCGUUACCCAAAGGCUAACAGCAUCUGAAAUCAGUAAUGGAGUUCACGGAGAUGAAGAAAUGAAGAUUAAAAAAAAGAUAAAGCUGCAGGAAAAAACAUAUUAUGAAGAUUUAGUUGAAAGUAAUCAGUCAGAAGGAAGUACACUUCACUUAACCAGAUCUGACAGGUACUUAACUGGACCUAUUCCUGACACAGAUCACGAUGAUAUCUCAAGUGAUGAUCUUCUACAAAAAGCUAAUCUUAUUAGCUCAGAAAUAAGCCAAUGGCAACCACAACUUACUCAGGUAUUAACAUCUAUUCAAGCUAUCAGUGCUUUAGGGGAACUGUCACCAGGUGGAGCUCUUAUGAAGAGUUCAUCACAAAUUCCACUUAUAGAAACAGUUCCCAAUGACCUACAACAAGAAAUAAAACAGUUAUAUAGUGCCCUUUUUGAACUUUUAAGGCAUUUCUGGUCAUGUUUUCCUACAACAACUCCUCAAUUGGAAGACAAAGUCAUUAGAAUGAAAGAAAGUUUAGAACGGUUCCAUUCUGCUAAACUUCAGCCAUUUCAGGAACACCUCAUAAGGGAUCAUUACAGUAUAGAGUCAACAUCUCACCUUACAGACAUGCUCCAGUCAGCGUACGAUAAGUUCAGCAAAUGGCAAGACAGAAAAUUAUCAACUCAAAAAUCUCUACGACAUAUCUUAAUUUGAUGGGCUUUGUCUGCAUCAUCUUACUACUGUGAUUUUUGUCCCUUAAGCCUCAAAAUGUGUUGAUUCUUAAGUUUGUAUAUUUUUGCAUCCCAGCACAGUUUGCUUUCUGUAAUGCACCAUUGAUACAGAUAUUUUUACCAAUGUCAUAUUUUGGAAGAUUGUAGAAGUAUUUAUGUUUCAGAAGCUAAAAAAAUUCCAGUACUUAUAAAAAGUACAAUUAUAGCUUUUUUUUGUUAUGGAUAAUUGGAAUGUAUUAAUCUCAAUCUAUCAAGUCUUUGAGCAAAAAUUACAGAACUAUGUCAUAAUUUCAAAAAGCAGUUUUAACCUUUGAAAAAAGAAAUAUUUAAAAGUAGUUCUAAUUUUCUAAUUCUAGACUUUUCAAAAUAUUAGACGAAGCAAAAGUUCAGAUUUAAGAAACUCUUGAGUGGCAGUUGAUAGAAAUCUAAUUGUCCACAGAGAGAUACAUCUAUUUGUAGCUAUACCUACCAUUUUUUUUAUUAUUAUUGACCAGUCGGUCAGCUUGAGUACUUAGCUGAUCUUGUUUGUUUUAUGUGGAAGCAUGUCAGUUGGUACGAAGAACAGAGUGAUUAAAUGUUUUAAAUUAAUGUAGGUAAAAGUUUUUGCUAAGUAAGCAUCUAGGGUAAUCAUUUGGGUAAUAAACUCGUGGUUUACUUUAAAAAGGUGUAAUUAUAAAACCCUCUCUAUCUGUUACUUAGAAGAAGGUGUAAACAUAUACUACAUAAUAUUGAAAUAUGCAGCUUUAUUCAUAUUAGGAAUUAUUAUUGAAAUAGGCCUGUUAUGAUGUUAAUAGAAAAGAAACUAUAUAAUGGUCAGUGGGUUUGAAAAAUUAUACAGAUUUUCAGGUUUGUACAUGGAAAAGAAUUUCAGACAACCUCAGCAAAAUUACUUCAACUGUCCAAAUAGAAGUGUAUAACCAAAUAGUACGAUGGUAUAGUUACAGGUUUUAGUAGCAUUACGGAUUCACUUCCUUAAACAGUUCUAAUUACAGAAAGAUUUAUACAAUUAAAAUAAAUCAGUAUAAUAUAAGUAUAUGUUUUCUCUAUAUAUAUUGUAUAACUGUGACAUCCCAUUGAAUUUGCUCGUUCCCCAAAAUUUGGUUAUUUAACAGAAAACAAGAUCCUGUUUCUUUUGUAGUUUGUUAAGCAAUAUUAAAACAUAUAAAAUGCCAAAGAUAUUAUGAAGUAAUGUAAUUGAUUUAUAUUUGGAAAUUAUAAGUUGUUAGCAUUUUAUCAGAUAAUGAAUUAAUCUGUUUGAUAUGGUUAAUAUCUGCAUUUAAAUGUUUUGUACUUCACAAAACAAUGGAUAAUAAGUAGUUGUCACAACAAAUUUGUAUACUGUUAACGUAUUUUAAGAACUUAAAUCAACUAAAGUCGAUUCAUAUUUCAAGCAAUAAUAUCACGUUUCAUAAAAUAAAAAAAUAACAUUGAGUGAUGUGUGAGUACCUGAGCCUACUUUUUCUUGAUUAAGUUUUGUUUAAAUUCAGCAUGUUUAUAUUUUAUCCUGUUUAAUGAUGCUGUUGUUAUUUUUUUAUCAUUAGACUGCACUAAGUACUGAAAUUAAACAGAUUUAAAAUUACUGCUUUAAUCAGUAAUCUUAAAUCUGAAGCCAAAAUUUGGACACUUGAUCUCUACAUAUUUAAUAAAAAUCAGUAAUAUUAGUAGAAUAGUUGUUAUAGUUAAGCCUCUCUACGUUUUGAUUUAAAAUCAAACAAAAUGAUUACAAAUGAAAUGUGAAAUUAAAGGAGAAAUAAAGGCAAUCUUAUAACACUUUACUUUAAUUGCAAAAGAAGUUGGGAAAUUUGAGUUAUAAUUUCCAUGUACGUAUCAUUUUAAUAUUUUACUCACACAAAUCUGUAGUGAUUUUUUUGAAUCUCAAUUUGUAUUUGGCUUAUCUUUGAGGAAUUUCUUUUUUUCAUUGUAAGAAAAAAAAUUAUUUCUAACUGAUUAUAGUUGAAAUGGUUCUCAUUGUCAUGGUUUGUACCCUACGUAUGUUCACCUGAAUUUAAUUCCCAAUUGGUUGAUGUUUCUUUAUUACAUGGUAAUUACUAUUCAGCUUAUAUCCUACGUUUUCAGGGGAGUCAUUAAAAGGACUGUAUGUGGUGGCAAGAGCUGGGACUCAAUCCAGGGUCUUCUUGCUUGAAAGGCAAGUCCUCAAAGAGGGCAGCAGGUUAGCAGCCAAAACAUAGGUUAUAAGCUAAAAAGUAAUUAGUACCUAAUAAAUAAGAAUUAUACAAACAAAUAGUAACUAACUGGUGGUUAGAUGUAGGUGGUGAUGUAUUUACAAACCAUAACAACAACUGAUAUCCCAUCUCUACAAACUUACCAUAAGGAUUUUAUUUAUUUAUUGAGAGUUCAUACUUAUAGAUAAUCUAGAAUAAUAACAGAAGCAUUGGAUGGAAAAGUUUAUUAUUUACCACCUAUGUAUUUUGUAUUAUAUGAUACAUCUGUAUUACUUAACUGUUUGUGAUCGAGUCGCGAGUAUUAACAUACAGGGGAAAAAUCUUUUAUAAUCAUUCACUUUGUAGAAAUGCUUACCAUUGUUGCCUUAUACUAUCAGUCCUAGCAUUUUCUUUUCUGCAUGCAUUAUCAUACAUUUGUACGAGGUUGAAAGGCUGAAUGACAUUUUAGCCUUUGGCUCUGUCAUGUGCAAAUCUUAAGAGAAUUAUAAUUAAUCACAAAUAACAUUUUUUUCCUUGGACUGUACAGUUAAUUAUGUUAUAUAGUAGGUCAGUAACAACCUAAUAUUGAAAUGAAAGUCAUCAUUAAUUUACUAAGGCUUACAAGUUUUUUCAACAUUUUAUUUACUGCAAGUGUAAGAUAAACGAGAAACAGCGUACCAUCUGUUUUGUGUUUCAUAAUGUGCAGUGUUAAUACCAUAGUAUGAGUGUGUGUGUGUGAGGGUACAUUUUUAACUAUCUUUCAUUAAUGAAAGUAAAAAGCACAGCAUUAUUAUCGGUGAGAUGAUAGAAAACAUGAGAAACCUGAAGGAUAGAGUUUAAUAGUAUAUAGAGAAGUUGUACAUGUACUAAUAUUUUAAGCCCAAAGGUUUUCUCAUAUAAGUUGCCACGUAAUCAUACAUUUUCUUGGUGUAUAUGUAGGACGUUGAAACCUGGAAUAAACUGUACAUGGCCUUCACAAUAUUCUGUGAUGUAGCUCUUGGUCACCACACUUAAACACAAUUUAUACAUAAAAUGUAA